AUGGCGACUGUUCAAGAAGUGAAGCUCUUCGGAAAGUGGACGUUCGAUGACGUCGAGAUCAACGACAUUUCGUUGGAGGAUUACAUUGCCGUGAAGCCGAAGUACGCCGUGUACGUCCCGCACACGGCCGGGCGCUUCGCCGCCAAGCGCUUCCGCAAGGCGCAGUGCCCGAUUGUCGAGCGUCUGGUUAACUCGCUCAUGAUGCACGGUCGCAACAACGGUAAGAAGCUUAUGGCUGUCCGCAUCGUGAAGCACGCGAUGGAGAUCAUUCAUUUGCUCACCGACCAAAACCCGGUGCAAGUCAUCGUCGACGCGAUCAUCAACUCCGGUCCGCGCGAAGACGCAACGCGCAUCGGCUCUGCGGGUGUCGUCCGUCGUCAAGCGGUCGAUCUGUCCCCGCUUCGCCGCGUGAACCAAGCCAUCUAUUUGCUCACCACUGGUGCUCGCGAAGCGGCCUUCCGCAACGUGAAGACCAUUUCGGAGUGCUUGGCUGAUGAGUUGAUCAACGCGGCGAAGGGCUCGAGCAACUCGUACGCCAUCAAGAAGAAGGAUGAAUUGGAGCGUGUCGCGAAGGCGAACCGAUAA